AAUGCAAAUUCACCAUUCUCCACUCUUCAGUCUUCACAUUCCAAAGCACUUUUUAUUUUCUUCUCUCUGCGAUGGCCGUGGAUUUCUCCAAAGCGGUCGACGACGGGCUGAAGCUCUCCAAGCGCAUAUACUUCGUGAAGGACAGGGCGGUGUCCCCGCCCAAGCCUCCGCCGCCGAUGGCGCGCUCGGCCACCGCGUUCCUCCCCUCGGCGCCGAUGGUCUACGCGGUGAUCUCCGAUCCAGGGAUCGUGGACAACCCCGACAUCUCGAGCUACCAACCGCACGUGUACGGAAGGUGUGAUCCUCCAGCGCUGAUUCCGCUUCAGAUGAACGCGAUUGAGAUGGAAGCUGAUUGUUACCACGAAACCGCUUUCGUCACAGUCUCCGGCACUUGGAGACUCCACUGCGUCAUGGGAAGCCGCUCCUGCGAUUGCCGCAUCGCUGUUCCCGUGAGCCACCAGGGUUCAAUUCUAGGUGUUGAGGUCAGCGUUUCUAGAAAAUCAUAUUCUACUCAACUGGUUGUCAUGGGAGAUGAGAAUGGGAGCCAAAAUUCCGCGCCACCUCAAAACGGAGGGUUUCUCAUCCCGAAUAUAUUUACUUUAACUAUACCGCAGGUUGAUGGAGGUUCCAAUUUGUCAAUUAAAGUUCGGUGGUCUCAGAAAAUAGUGUACUCCAAAGGCCAGUUCUCUUUGAAUGUGCCGUUUACCUUUCCAGAUUUUGUUAACCCUGCGGGGAAGAGAAUAUCUAAAAGAGAAAAGAUACAAAUUAAUGUGGAUGCUGUUACUGGAGUUGAGCUUCUGUGCAGGACAAUAAGCCACCCACUGAAGGAAGUGAGGCGUCAUGCUGGGAGUAUGGGCUUCUUAUAUGAUUCCGAUGUUCUCUCAUGGUCUAAAGUCGAUUUUAGCUUUUCAUAUGCUGUUUCUUCAAGUCAUAUAAAUGGUGGUGUUCUUUUGGAAUCUGCAUCUGUGCAAGAUUUUGAUGAAAGAGAGAUGUUCUACAUGUAUCUUUCUCCUGGAGAUAUUCAGAGUCACAAGGUAUUCAAAAAGGACAUCAUAUUCAUUAUUGACAUCAGUGGUAGUAUGCGGGGAAAGCUAAUUGAAGACACAAAGAAUGCACUAUUGACUGCUCUCUCUAAGCUUAAUCACGAUGAUUCAUUUAAUAUUUUAGCCUUUAAUGGAGAGACUUAUCUAUUUUCCAAAGCGAUGGAUUUGGCUUCCGGGGAUGCUGUUGAAAGGGCCACUGAGUGGAUUAACACGAACUUUAUUGCUGGGAGUGGUACUAAUAUUUCACAUCCGUUAAACACGGCAAUAGAGAUGCUAUCCAAUAUUCAAAGUUCAGUUCCAAUAGUUUUCCUAGUUACAGAUGGAACAGUUGAAGAUGAGAGACAAAUUUGUGCUAUGGUAAAGAAUCGAAUGAUCAAUGGAGAGUCAAUAUGCCCUCGAAUUUACACUUUUGGCAUUGGUUCAUUCUGCAAUCAUUAUUUCUUGCGAAUGCUUGCAAUGAUUGGUAGGGGCCAAUAUGAUGCUGCAUUGGAUGUAGAUUUGAUUGAACCUCGAAUGCUGACAUUGUUUGACAAAGCUUCAUCUCUCAUUCUUGCAAAUAUCAAAAUGGACACAUUGGAUGAUCUUGAUGACCUUGAGGUAUACCCUCCUCAUAUUCCCGAUCUUUCAUCAGAGGGUCCAUUGAUUUUAUCUGGAAGAUACAGGGGAAAUUUUCCCAAAACUCUUAAAGUCAAAGGUAUCUUGGCUGAUUUCAGUAAUUUUGUAGUAGAUAUGAAGAUACAAAAUGCUAAGGACAUUCCUGUGCAAAAGAUUUCUGCAAGAGAUCAAAUAGAGCAUCUUACUGCUCAAGCAUGGCUCAUGGAAAAUAAACAACUAGAACAAAAGGUUGCAAAACUGAGCCUGCAGACUGGCUUUACGUCUGAGUAUACACGAAUGAUGAUACAUGAGACUGAUCAUCUAAAGAAAGUCAAGGAAUCAUCUGGACCGAAAGAAGCGUCAAAAAAGAGCAAUCCUCUAUUCGAGGCACCCGUCCAAGGCCAGAGAAUGAUUUUACUACCACAUUUAGGUAUCGGCUUCGGCAACUUAACUGCAACUGCUGAAAAUACUCCUCCAGGAUUUGAAUCGAAAUUGCCUGAAGUGCCCGAAAUCUUCAAGGCAGCCACAAAUUGUUUUGAAACCUUGUGCAGUUACUGCUGUUGCAUGUGCUGCAUCCAGUGCUGUACCCGGAUAAACAACCAAUGUGCAACCGCAUUGGCACAACUCUGCAUUGGUCUAGGAUGCUUCGGCUGCAUCUCAUGUUGUUCAGAUAUAUGCUGUUCUGGAAACGAAGGCUGAAAUAUCAAUUUUUUUGUAUGAUUGUUGUAUUUUACUGCAUAUAGAAAUCACUGCAUGUAGUGUUGUCAUUUUGGAAAUGUAUAUUGUGUUUAAUGGGGUGAUUUCCUUAGUUAUAUUGUAUAGUUUUUUUUUUUUUUUUUCUGAUGAUAGUCGUGCAAGUUUAAACUCGCAAUAGAUAAAUUAUACCAUUGUAUUAACAAAGAAGAAAGUGAACUAUACAAAAACCAA